AUGGAUUUGGUUGCUGGUCUUCGUGAACCGCCCCGAUCAGAGCCCAUUUUCCCUCCCUCCUCCCAGGAAAUCCCAUCCUCCCCGCCUUCUAUCGCAUCCGAAGCCGGCGGUGGGCGACGACAGAGAAAACCGCCCACAGUCACACCUCGGUCCUUUCGUCGGUUCUUCACCCCUCGCUCCUUGUUGAAUAGUGGAAGCAAUGGUAGCCCCGUCAGAACGAACCGCCAGGCCCUGAGAGCCCUCAACUCGCCAGCUGUCAACCGACUCGGUCCCGCAUUUACGAGAUCGUCUAAACCGGGAAGUACUAGGAACGCCUACGAUGGCUUGCCAGAGGAUUUUAUGCGCACUCCGAGUAGGAAACGGAAGCACUCAUUUUCCUCGGCUGCCUCUCCGAUUCAAUCUUCACCAUUGAAAAAAGUCCGUGUGCGAUCUCCGAUGGGCGAGGAAGUGGAGCAGCGGACUACCAUCCGAGAUAUCGAUCCCGCAACUGUUAGAGGCCGCUACGUUGAUAGAACGCCUGCAAUCACUCCCAAACGGCGACCAGUAUCUCCAAUAAGUAGAUCCAGGGCUUUGCAGACGUCCGGUUCGUUGUUUAUGCGCACCGUGCAGGGUUCUCGGGCGAACCGCACCACUCUUCGCUCGACUGCUGGGGCUGGCUGGCAAGAUGUUACAUCUGAUUUCCACUCGCGACCCGAGGACCGCCACUCAUGCGCCAGUCAAGCCUCCGAAGGCUCUAUGGCUCUUCCAUUCUGCAGUGCCUCUUGCAAUACCAAUUCCCUAGUAGCAGUCGGCGAUGAAGAAGGCGGUAUUCGACUGCUGGAUUCUUCCAAGGACGACGAGCGAGGGUUCUCCAGCGCAUAUCUCGGAUUUCGACCGCACAUGAACUCCAUAAUGGAUCUCGAAUUUUCUUCGGACGAUCUAUUGCUUGCCACGGCCUCUGGGGACCAGACUUCUUUGGUCAUUGACAUGACCACACAACGACCUGUCCACUGUUUAUCGAACCAUGUAUCAUCUGUGAAGCGGAUCCAAUUCCAACCAGCUUCCAACAACAAAGUCCUUGCAACUUGCAGUCGGGAUGGAAACGUCAAUAUUUGGGACCUCCGAUGCAAAGGCUUUGAACGUCCUUCUCUACAAGUGAGGUGCUCGCUAGAAACCGAGACCGAAAACUCCACAACGCCGCGCAAGAUGACUUAUCCCCACGUUCUUAACACGAUCCAUGGAGCUCAUGCGUAUAGCACCCCCCAAAAACCGAGCAUGGAUAGGAAUGACGCUCCCCCCUUUGGCCGCUCAGACAUUACGGUCACUUCCCUGGCAUUCCUUCCUCCUGGUCAGGAAAACCUGUUUGUCACCGCAUCCGAGGCUAGUGCCAGCGUUCGGCUAUGGGAUUUGCGAACCGCGCACCACAACCGCCGUGGCCGACCUGUCCUUCCAUUAUCUACCACACGAGAGCCUGAUAGCCACAUGAAGUACCGCAGAUUCGGUCUAACAUCCAUGGCCUUCAGUGGUGAAGGUUCGCGGCUUUACACCCUUUGUCGGGACGGUACGGUCUAUGCAUACUCGACAUCCCAUCUGAUGCUUGGACAUGCUCCCGAGCUCUCCUUGAACAAUAAUCGACCACGAAGGUCUGGAGGAUCCGACAAAGAAGGCCUGGGGCCGCUGUACGGGCUCCGCCACCCUCGCCUCCAAGUUUCUUCAUUUUAUGUCAAACUUGCUCUUCGAAAGGCAUCCGGAGACCGCCCAGAAAUGCUGGCAGCUGGCAGCAGUGACCAUUGUCCCAUAUUAUUUCCAACAGAUGAACGAUUUCUGCAACCUACCGUCAAAACCCCGGAUGACGGCCUCCCUACCCGUACGUCGCUGUUCACAACCCGAUCAGGCCUCCGCCGUACCAACUCCGGAGUUGGCUUGGCUGGACGUUUGGAAGACACCAUCCCUAUCUACCAGUCCGGCACUCCCCUUGUUGAAGGGCACAACAGGGAAGUGACGGCAGUGUCGUGGACAAACGACGGCGAACUUAUUUCCGUGAGCGAUGAUUACAGCGCCCGAUGCUGGCGCGAAGGACCCGAGGCUCACGAGCUUCGAGCUAGCGGCGAGACUGAGGGCCGGCGCUGGGAAUGCGGCUGGGCUGAUACGAAAGACUCAUAUGAUGACGAAGACGAAUGA